UGUUUCCAAGACAAGCCCAUUCAAGACACUUGAUCUAUACAACACACAUCACAACUAUCAAACCGGGUCGAAAGAAAAUAGCUUAUCAGGUUAACUAAUGCGCAAUGUGGCUCCCAUCAAUGAUGUGUUCUUUCAUCGCGUUGGAGAAGCUCGGAACACAUAGGAGACACCAUUCGAAUGGCGUAGAGAAAGAAUACAGACCGCACAUUCGACAUAUAGAGCCCAACCUAACAGAGUGUGACCUUGACUGGAGCUCUCGUCUGCGAUGGCUGCCUGAGCCUCACUACAGUGAUGCUCCGCUCCCUCAUAUUAAAAUGGUUAAGUUCCCUGAGGAGACCAGACUCCUCAAGCCUUUUCCACAAGCCAACAUGGUGUCCCAGACUGAGUGGACAUUUUAUCCCAACUUUGGUCAGCCCAGAACCUUCCAUGCUGGCAAACGCUGUUUACUACAGGCAAGUCACCAUAAUAGGACCAUAGAGUGCUCUUCAGAAAGAACUUUGGAGUCCACAAUUGGGAGGAAAAAAACAGUCAGGUUGAACUGCCAUUGUGCACCUGGCUCAAGACCUUAUCUAACCCCUGAGUACAGUCCUGACUUUCACAAGAUUGGAUCAGCAUUCUCGACUACACAGUCUCAAGCUUUCUAUGCAGACACAUUCAUUCCUAUUCAGCUACAUCAAAAAAAGACAUGUGUUCCUUAUGUAGAAAGGAAGAGGAUGGAGGACAGGCAGGCAGAGGUCCUGGAAGUGAAGAAGUUGUGUAAAUGGAAGCCUGCACCAGUUAUAUUCAAAACUGUGCUGGACAACUGAUGAAAUAUAGCCCUCUGAAAAAACUAAUUAAUUUGAAAAGUUACGGUAAAUGUGUUACAGUGCUGUACAGUCACAAUGUUUUUCUAAUGUAGUUUUAGUUUUCAAUGAUUCUAAUGUAGUUUUAUAAGAAGGUCAUGGGCUGGGAUCACAUCUGUAAUAUGUUUCUAUCAAAUGUAAAGUGUGACUAACAAAUUAAUCACUGUCAGUAUGACUCGUGAUGACAAUUUUUUAAUUGAGUCCUUUAUAUAUGGCACUGCCAACUUUUCAAGUUCUGUAAAACCAAUUAAUUUCAAAUUAUCUGGAAUGAAAACAUAUAAUAUGGGCCUAU